AUGGCUACCUCAACUGUCCCCAAGACCUGCAAGGUCAUUACGGCUGAGACUAUCGCCAAGGGUUACCUUGUUGAGGUCAAGGACACACUGGCCAAGAUCCAAGGCGAGAAUCCUUGCACUCCCACACUGGCUGCUUUCCUCGCCAACGGUGAUCCCGCUGCCGUAAAGUACGCUGAGUGGUCCAAGAAGACUUGUGAAGAGAACGGAUUCAACUUUGACCUCCGAACUGUGGACAAGGAGCUUCUCGAGGAGGAGAUCAUGAAGGCCAAUGAAGACGAUGAUGUCGACGGCAUGAUUGUCUACUACCCUAUCUUCCCCAACAACCCAUCUCACGACAAGUACAUCCAGGAGUCGGUUGACCUUGGAAAGGACGUUGAGGGUCUUCGACACAAGCACAUCCACAACAUGUACCACAACAUUCGCUUCAUUGACCCUCCUGAGAACCGCAAGAAGUCCAUCCUUCCUUGCACUCCUCUCGCUGUUGUCAAGAUCCUUGAGUACUUGCAGAUCUACAACCCCAUUCUAGCUUCCGGGAACCGACUUUUCGGAAAGACUAUCACCGUCAUUAACAGAUCCGAGGUCAACGGCCGACCUCUUGCUGCCCUCCUCGCCAACGACGGCGCCACCGUUUACUCUGUCGAUGUCACGGGUGUCCAAAUCUUCACCCGUGGAGAGGGCAUCAAGAAGGCCCGCCAUCAGGUCGAGGACAAGGAGGGCUGGAAGCUCGAGGACUGCCUUCCCCUCAGUGACGUUGUCAUCGGAGGAGUUCCCGUCGAGUCUUUCAAGGUACCCACCGAGCUCAUCCGCGAUGGUGCUGUCUGCAUCAACUUCUCCUCGUACAGAAACUUUGAUGGUCCCGCCAUUAAGGAGAAGGCCUCGAUCUAUGUGCCAUCCGUCGGCAAGGUUACCAUUGCUAUCCUCUUGAGAAACUUGGUUGUAAGUGCCCUCCACUAUACGACAGAGUCUGUGGUACUGACCAGUCAGCGCCUCAUUGCCAACCGGCCCUCCAAGGAUGAGUCGCAGAAGAGCGUCGAGGCCCGAGCUGAGGCUUUCGCUGACGACUAA